UAUUUCGACCCAAAUUUGCUGUUGUUUGAGAAAUUUUUGAAAGGUAGUUAUGCCUGUGAUCUGUGCAGCUUACGGAUGCAACAGUCAGCUUGUCAAGGGAGGUGGAAUUUCUUUCUUUGCCUUUCCAAAAGAUGCGACCACGAGGAAAGUCUGGCUUCAUUAUUGCAAGAGGGACUUCGAUCUCAAGUACCACCACAAACUGUGCAGUAAGCAUUUCUCCAAAUGCAUGUUUGAUCGAGACCCAGAGUAGUUGGCGAGCCUGGGCUAUGAAAAUGCAGUAGCACGGCUAACAACAGGUGCUGUGCCGGACAUUCCCCUGUCAAUUGAGAUAUCGAGUCCUUUGUCUGAAGUACCGAAACAACAACAACAGUCUGUUCGACCUGUCAGCACACCCCACAGAAAAGCUUUCACAAAACGUAACAGGAAGAGGGCACUGGAUGAACUCCUGGAGGAAUUCGAAAAAGACAAGGAAAAUGCUGAUCCUGAGACAUCUGGAGAAAAUAGCCAUUUACCUUCUGAAGCUGAAAGCUUUCAAGUGAUGACAGAGAAGGUUGUUAUAGAAGCACCUGUAACUAGAUCAGUGGCAACCCAAAUUGGAAAGGCACCCUUGAAGACAAUAUCUAAGAGGACACGGCGGAUUCAAGCAAAGCCACAAGUGCGAACAGUGGGGAUCCAGUGUGAUUUAUUGAAAGGCAAACCGGUUGCAAAGCCACCUCUGAGAGAAUGUGAUGAUGAAAUGAGCGAUGACGAAGAUGAAGUUGAUACCUUUCAAAAUGAUCCAGAUUUUUUAGUGGAAAGUGACCCAGACGACAGCGGCAGUGAAAGUGAUGACGAAACAGUUGCUUUCCCGCUUGGGGAAGUUGUAAGGCCCUCAGACGAAAAACAGUUCCUGGUGUCUGAGUCAGCUUUAUGUGCUUUGCUGAAGACCUGUCAGAGGUGUGGAAGACACUGUGAUACAGUGGUUCAUCACUGCCAAGGCAUGAUGGUUUCUACCAUGUCAACAUGUUCUGCUGGUCAUGUGUUGGAAUGGAAGAGCCAGUCAACCCACAACAGCCUUCCUUGGGGAAACCUAACUACGGCUGCUGCCAUAUUUUUCAGUGGAUCAAAUGCUUCCAAGGUUAUUCGUCUCUUCGAGAUACUAAAGCUUCAAACGUUCAGCAAACGGACAUUUUUCCGGAUCCAGAAAUCUUACCUUGUCCCUUCUGUGGUGGAAGUUUGGAACUUUGAGAGAGAGCGAAAUGUUGUGGAGAGACUUGGCAAGCAGCUGAUCUUGGGAGGUGAUGCCCGAUGUGAUUCCCCAGGAUACAGUGCAAAGUAUGGGUUUUAUAGCCUCAUGGACCUAGACUCCCAGACAGUUCUGGACAUUCAGUGUAAUGAAGUAAAAGGCUCAACGCAUAUGGAGCUUGAGGGCCUGAAGCGUGGGCUACUAAAGUUGAAAGCAGAAAGACUGAAUAUCAAGUCACUCAUCACUGACAGACAUGUCAUGGUGAAAAAAUUUAUGAAAGGAGAAGAGGAGAUUAUUCACAACUUCGAUGUACGGCAUGUUGCAAAAGAUGUAUCGAAAAAGUUAGAGGGUUUGGCAAAGAAAAGGGGGCAGAGGCUAUUAAGCCUUGGAUAA